AUUACAAAAAACGCGCGGCAUUUCUACAGUUUCUACUAAACCGACUAAACGGCGGCUUACCAGCCUGUGUUUUAAGCGUGGUACUACUAGAACGUUUUUUGGCAUCUUCCCUAAAGUACCACAUGUGUCGGUCUCGUUCAGUAAUUCUGUGUUGUGCUUUUGGUUUAGUAGUGCGUAUUUAGGCGCCUGUUUGGGCUCUUUCCGGGAAGAAAAAAAAUGGACAUGGAAACGCAUCCAGAUUUUAUUGAUGAACUCGAGGCUUUAAUAAGCAGCACUGCGGGAUUCCGCGACAUCGUGCGCGAGCUGGAUGAUACUAGCGUAAUCUUAAAAAGCGACACCAAGGAGCUCGAUUACGUUCAUGCAAAUGAUCUACUUGUCAUGCAAGCAGCUCUGCUCUCUUGUACAAAUCGACAUGAUAAUGUGAGCCUUACAGAAGACAGCUUUUCUAACCUUGGUUAUGCACAAAUUGUGAUGCAUUGUGCUGAAUCUGGAGAUGAAGAAUCUGGUCAGAAUUGCCUUCUCAGUAGCCAGGGAAGGAAGGCAACACUGACUCUGAUUGCACACAUUAGUGCUGCAUAUGCAUCAAAAGGAAUUCCAAUCAACUUUGCCAAAGUUCUUGCAAGUUGUUCUGUCUGCCCUUUGGAACUGCUGUGUCGUCUACAUGCUGGUGGUGUCAUGUGCAUCGAAGACUACAUUGCACUUAAUGUCCAGAAGCCUCAAGUAAUAGCUGACCUGAGCAGAAGCCUGUUUGCUUCUUGUCAACUUCUUGAUCAGAGUGAACCUUCUGCAUUCACAUUCUCAGUCUUUAUGUGUGCCCUAGUUUCUAGUGCUUAUUCAGUAUCAGACCACAAUGAUGCAAGCUCAUCUGUGAGAAAGGUUUGCCGGACCAUGCUGGAAACUCUCCUGCAACGACUUCUCAAGGCUAAUGAAGAAGGGCAACCCAUAACCUGUGGGGAUCUCCUGGGCCCUUUGUUGUCGAGUCCACUUGUACAGCAGACUGCUGUCCUCUGUUAUGCCCAAGAGUUGUUGUCUUGUAUCUUGGCAUACAAUCCAGUAUACAAAGUUACGCAAGCGAUGUCAAGCCACCACAACUGGACUUACAAGAAAUGUUCCCUGUGGCUUCUUGGAAUGUUCCAGAAGAGUAUGCAGGUGCUCAAUGUAGAACAGGUGACCACUCAGCUGUGCAAGGCUCUCAAUAGCAAAGAGGUGAACUGGUAUAUGUUGCUCACUGCCCUCUCCGUGUAUGUCACCACAUACAAAGAUUGCAAGCUUCUUAUUGGUCUCAUUGAAACACUGCUGAAAGGUGCUUUUGAAUGCCUGGACACUGAAAAUCUAGUCAGUGCCUUUCUUUUGGCUAGACAUGCAUCACAAGAAGCUCCUCAGAUUUUCCCUCCAUAUUCAUCCUGGUUUGAGAAAUACUUUGGGUUUUCUGAUACAACAUAUGCAAGCAGCUCAAGAACUUUUGCAUUCUUAGUGAAAUUUUUAAGCGAAAUGGUUCCAUUUGAACAACCUAAAUACCUAAAGGCACAUCUCCAGAAGCCUGCUCAUGCAUCACCAAAGUGCCGCGUGAUUUAUCAUGACUAUGUGGCAUUGGCUAAGACACGCCUGCAGGACUUUGAGAUAGCGGACGAAAGAAAUGCCUUCUCUGAAGAUGCAGAGCAAUUGGCCCAGGUUCAUGGCUUUGUUCAGAAAUCUAUUGAAGAGUUUGCAGCAAAAGGAAAAAUACCGAGGGCUGUCAUAGAGGCCAGCAUCUUCAAGAAGCCAUAUUUUACAGGGCAGUUUCUUCCAGUCCUCCUGAAUCCUAAGAAUUUUCCAGAGCAUCGUGGAGUUGUGUGCAGCAUGGUCCAAGGACUGCUCCAGCAUGGAAAAAUUUCCCAGGAACGAUAUGAUAGGUUUGUCGAUGACUGCAACAGGAAAGAAACUGAUGAUACAUUUGAUGUAGAAAUGAACAGCCAAGUUCCUUUGCCUGAGCAUUUGCUUGCUAAGCUCAGAUCUGGAUCACUGCCAAAUAAAGACUGUGAAGUCGUCGUCUUGAGAAUUAUUGAUGAAGUUAAAAAAAAUGAACGAGAAGGUCUGGAAAAUGCCUUGAAUCUUGAACAAGAACUUCCUUACUCAAAGGAAAUGUUUGAGCUUCUUCACUUUGCUGGGGAAGCUUGUUGCCAUCAGCAACCACACCCCUGGAUUAAGUGUCUCCUUCUGGCGCUGGGAAGUUCACUGAGCACAGUCCGCCUACUGGCUGCAUUUUUAUGGAGGCAACUUACAACCACCAAGGUCAUGGAUAAACAAGGCGCCGAAAUUUUCACCCAGUUCCUACUCUCUGUACCAGUGAUGUGGGAAGACAAGCCUCUGAAAAUUUUUGUUUCUGGCGCAACAUACAUAUCUAUGCAGGAGGCUGUGUUCUUGUGGCUCCCACUUUCCACACUGCAAGAAAGGAGGCAGUUUCUACAGUUGUCGGCUGUGUAUCUUAUAGCAGCAGCCAAGCAAGCACCAUGUACUACAGUUCCACCAUAUGUGCCUGAGGUGUUGUUAAAGAAGUUCGAGUUCGUUGUACAGAGGAAUGAGUGUACACUUGACGAGAUUGACUCUGAUGCUUGGAAACAAUGCUCGAAGUCACCUGUAAAGGACUGGCUUCAGCCUGGCAAGCUAUCUGUUCAGGAGUGGGUGAACUAUGAGUCUAAGAUAAGUGAUGGUGUCAAUGCUACUAUUACGCCAGUUAUGAGACAAGAUUUACUUCGAUUUCUUGCUGAUGUUGACAGUGCAAGGUGUCUGUGUGCAACCUUACUGCGAGUUCUGGUUUGUGGUGGGCCGAGACUGCCCAACCAUGCCCACCUUCAUAUCCUAUUGCAGAGUCUACUAUUGAAUUCAUCCAGCAGUUUCUCAGGCAAAGCUGUACCAUUUGCAACUGAAGCACUGAUACAAAUAGAAACUGAAGUUGCUGGCUGUCCAAUGGAUGUGGUAGAGAGGGCAAUAAAUUUUUUUAGGAUUUAUUGUCACCUCCCUGCGUACUGCCUACUGGUGAACAGAACAGAUGAUUGCCCGACAAGUGAAUCUGUUAAGCUUUUUAUACAGGUGAUAAACAAUAACCUGGUAAGCCGAAAAUUUUUGCUUUGUAUGAAAAAGUGUCAGCACUGCUCACUUUGUUCCUAGUAAUUAGCUAUGCCCUUUGUUCCUAAUAUUGCAGAGCUUCAUUGAAUCUAAAUUUAUAAGUACAUGAGUCAUAACCUUGCUUUUUAUAAUGAUUGUUAUCUCAGACAUUUUACCUUCAGUAUUUUAUACAGAGGCUCUCUUAAAUGACAAAAUGAAUCACUGUAAAAGCCCAAGCCUAUAAACAUCCCACGGAGAAAUUUUAAACAUGAACGUUUUAGCAGAACUCACUGCUCAAGUGAGUUUUCACUCACAGGAGAUGCCUUGCAGCAGCCAUUAAUACAGAACUGCCACAGGCAGCAAUGGAAUUACUAACACUACAAUCAAUAGGGUGAAAACUAGGGCUGGGCAUUGGUUAAAAAUUCUAGUGGUGGAAAUGCCCAAAGUCAUUAAUUAGCAAUUUUUGGAACAGGUAAAUCUUCAUUCUGGGGCACAUUGGAGCAGACAAAUUCUGGUUUUGAAACAGUCUGUGGCCAAUAUAUCUUAUAAUUGGAGCAGUGUGGAGCAUGCAAGUUUUCAUUUAGAGCAUUACUAUGAUUAAGUGGGGUAACAGUCGCAAAACCUUGCAUUUUGCAGCAUUAAAGAAGUGUUGAAAAGUGGCCGAAAGGCAUUUUUCAUACUCUUUUUGUACUGAGUGCUGGUGAAGUAACUAGAGGUGCUCUCCAAGAGAUGAUGUGAAGAAGUUAGGGUUAGUGAACACCGCAGAAG